GUGCGGCGCCAGGCAACACUGUGCUGCCCGUCGUCUGCUAACGCAGCAUCGUCUGUUUUCUCCUCGUCUGCCAAGUUUUUCGCCGUGCAGGCGGAAUUUGCGUGUGUGUUUUUCGGCUGUGAAAAAGUGUGUUGUGCUUCUGCACGUGAAAGUGCUGUGGUGGAAUUGAUUAAUACUGGAAUGAUUAGCUAGGAUACGCCUGAAGGCACGUGACUGGCCCCAGCUGAUGUGCGCUAGCAUCCGAGCUGCUUUUUGAGUCAGACGCUCUGAUUGGUGGAGUCAUGACGGCGCGCGGUGCGCGUGCGCAGGCUCGCCGAGAGCCCGCGGGCCACCAGACACGUUCGAGCCGCAAACUCACCGACAUGGAGUACUACGGUUCUGUUGCACUUGUUUCUGGAUUGGCUUGUCUGCUCUAUUGGAACACACUGGAUGCCGACUUCGCAUACGAUGACAGCCGAGCUAUCAGGACAAACCAGGACCUCUUGCCGAGUUCGCCGCUGACGUCACUGUUCAGGAACGACUUCUGGGGCACUCCCCUGACGCACAGCGGCAGUCACAAGUCUUAUCGGCCUCUGUGCGUUCUCUCCUUUCGAUUAAAUUACCUUCUCGGAGGCUACGAUCCCCGAGGGUACCACCUUUUCAACGUUUUGCUGCACGGGAUCGUCUCGGGUCUCUUCACUGUCCUCGUCGCCAAAUUCUUUAUCGGCCAGCCGCUUCCAACUCUGGUCGCAGGACUGCUGUUCGCCGUCCACCCUAUCCACACGGAAGCCGUGGCAGGCAUCGUUGGGCGAGCCGAUAUCGGGGCGUGCCUCUUUUUCCUGGGUUCGCUACUAUCGUACAUGCAGUAUUGCAAGUACCGGGACAAAGCGGGCGACGGCUGGCGAUGGAUGUACCUGUACGCGUCUUUGGCGCUGGCGGGGUGCUCCAUGCUCACCAAGGAGCAUGGCAUAACGGUGCUCACAGUCUGCGUCAUCUACGACGUGUUCAUUAACCACAGGGUUGCGCCGCGGGACCUGCCCGCUCUGCUUGUUAGCAAGCGGCACCAAGGCCUGUGGGAGGGCCUGCUUCACCUGGGGUGCGCGAGUGCCGCCCUGGUGGGCCUUCGGCUCCAUCUAAUGGGUUCCAGGCCGCCAGACUUCGCCCCGGCGGACAAUCCGACGGCGGACAGCGAGAGUCUGCUGACUCGGACGCUUACUUUCCUCUAUUUGCCGGCGUUCAACGCCUGGUUGCUGCUGUGCCCUCGGUGGCUGAGUUUCGAUUGGUCCAUGGAGGCCAUACCACUCGUGCAGCGGAUCUCGGACCCUCGGAAUCUAAUCAGUGCCUCCUUCUAUGCGGGUCUCCUGCACCUAGUCGCUACGUUGGUGAAGCGCCUUACGCUCGCCUCACAGCCAGACCACCGCAGUGCCUUCGGCGGCUUCCCGUGCCCGUGCCUGCACAAGCUGACCAGCUGGCAUAAGCCCACGCGACGCACCCUGAACAACAACUUCGACUCGUGCGUCUGUGCGACAUCUUACUCUUCGUCGGUGUCUUCCGCAUCUUCAGACUGUUCCGAAACCGGAAGUAGCACGUCACUUCCGAUACCGGGCCAUCUGGACGCCAGCGUCAUUGCCCUGGCCCUUCUAGUGCUGCCCUUCGUCCCUGCCACGAACCUUUUCUUCUACGUGGGCUUUGUGGUCGCCGAGCGCGUCCUGUACUUGCCCUCUAUGGGCUUCUGCAUGUUAGUGGCCAUUGGGGCGGACAAUUUGUGUGGAAAGAGGGAGUCUCGUAGAAGGACGAAAGUGCUUCUCCUGUGCGUUGCCUUCGUGCUUGUGACACUCUCUGUGCGGACAGUGCGAAGGAAUAGGGAUUGGUCGACGGAGGAAGACCUCUAUAGGUCGGGCAUCGAGAUUAAUCCGCCAAAAUCGUACGGCAACCUAGCCAAUAUUUUGAGCGCCCGGGGUCGCAAGACAGAAGCAGAGUGGGCUUACAAGAAAGCUCUGUCUUAUCGCUCCAAUAUGGCCGACGUGCAUUACAACUUAGGUAUUUUACUACAAGAACAGAAUCGCUUAGAAGAAGCCUUACAAAGUUAUAAGAUGGCGAUACAAUUCAGGCCCCGGUUAGCAAUGGCUCACCUCAACAUGGGUCUUGUACUCGGAAUCAUGGGGAGGAAAGACGAGGCUAUAGAGGUCUACAGGCAUUGUGCACAACUGGACAGUGCAGGUCUCAAGGAUCCAAAGAUGCACGAGAGCACAAAGAUCUCGGCCCUUUUCAACCUUGGUAGGCUGUAUGCCGACGAAGGAAAAUACAAGGAGGCCAUCACAGUUUACCAAGAAGCAGUUGCAAAGAUGCCAGAUCACUAUCAACCACAGUCUCUCUACAACAUGAUGGGAGAAGCCUAUUUCAAGCUGGGAGAGUACGUGGAAGCUGAGCGCUGGUACAAAGAAGCGUUGCGAGCAAAGCACGACCACAUUCCAGCUCAUCUGACAUAUGCCAAACUGCUUUCCAAAUGGAAUCGUCCAACAGAGGCAGAACAGUGGUUCUUGAGGGCCAAGGGAAUUGCGCCGAAUGAUUCCAGCGUUUACCAACAUUACGGACAAUUCCUGUCUGAGUCGGACAGACACAUGGAAGCUGCAGAAAAUUACCUGCGUGCCGCGGAGCUCUCUCCCGAUGAGUAUGAGAUCAUCUUCAAUACUGCAAACACUUUGAGGCAAGCUGGGAGAAAUGCUGAAGCUGAAGCUUUCUACCAGGCAGCAGUGAAGCUGAGACCUCAAGAAGUAACCAGCCAUAUGAACCUCGGCGCAAUGCUUCAUGUCAACGGCAAGCUUUUGGAAGCGGAAUCCAGCUAUCUAGAGGCGCUACGACUGAAACCGGACGACCCCAUCACCCAGAAUAACCUUCAGAAGCUCAGAAACCUGCUAGUGCAGAGAGGUCUACGUUCCUCCACUGUCGUGAGCCACCGGUAGCGAUGAAUUGCCGUCGCCUAACUUCUAGGGCCACUCACUAGAGGUCCUCUUACUCACUUAAAAAUGGCGGCGGUGCACGCGCAUCAACAGAAGUCAUCUCACAGCGGUGUUUUCUGGUUAGGGCAAGAACUGACUACAAGUCCGAGGUGGAAAUCCUAGUCAGUGUUUGUGGCACAACACGUGACGAGCCAAAAUGACGCAUCAGAGGUCGACGACCCGCGUCAUUUUCUACUAUAAGCGUAACAUCUAGUCAAAGUGCAAGAUCUGCAGGUGUUCAGCGGUGUGCUUUCAGCACGGGUCCGAAAGUAACUUCACCCGUGUGACCUUGUAGUUCAAAAGAAAGCCGUGUGUCGAAUUUGUAAUAAUUUAAUUUAACUUAAUUUUUAUUAGCAAUGACUAUGAUCAUGCGCGCAACAGCUGGUUGAACAUAUUUUUCGGGCAAACGCAGGAUUUUUAGCGAUAGAUGCUCCUGUUUCCUUAGAGUCUCUUCUAUGCUCUCUUCGUGUCAACUUCUAAAAAGUAAUAUAAUGACGUGCAUGACAGGCAGAUUUCAUCAACAUGUUGACUAUAUUGUUCGUGAACUCAACUGAUCAAUGUCACCUGGGUUACAAGUCUCACAUGUAAGUUAUGGAAGUUGGUGAAUACUCAGCCCUCGUGGAUAGAAACGACAGCGACAUGAGGUGGUAACCAUAGCAGCACUUGAUUAAAAUGACCGACAUACCCGUUAAUGCAGCACAGCCGAAGUGUUAUAUGUAGGGUUCCGGCUUUUGGGAUUUAUCCGAAAAAUAUCCGAAAAACGUGCUCCGGUAAAAUUUUAAGCAAUUCGGAUUAAUCCGAAAAACUCCGCUUUUGAAGGUUCCAGUAGGCUGGAACUCGGCAGGCAGAUGUUUUCCCUGAAAACCGGGUUAUCGUUCUCGGACUCCUUUUGCGUCCUGGGUUUCUUUAGACCACGGAUACCGGCCCCGCGGCAACAUAAUAAUGAUUUUCGUGACCUAGCGUUUUUCUUCGGCGGUCAUAUCUCGAGAGUUCACCGCCCGGGUUUUUCACCAGUUUGUUUCCCAAUUUCCUUAUCCUACACGUGACCUAAGCACUAAAAUAAGCAUCGAACCGAGGUGAUACGAAGUGGUGUGUUUGAAAGGGCGACAGGUUACAGUGCUGACAACAAGAUGGGACGCAAGCGAAAGCUGCCCUGCGACUACGUCGAGGCGUACCCUGAUUUUCGGAUAUUAGCUGAGCUGUAAAUCAUAAAGUCCGAAAAUCUCCGGUUUCUUAAAAUAAAAUAAAAAACUCCGAAACACAUCCUCCGGUAACGCCCAGAAAUAAACUCCGAAAAUCCGGAACCCUAGUUAUAUGUUGACAGCCAAUGCAAUUAUAGCCAAGCAUAUUUAUCACGAUCGGCAACAUACAACAAUAACUAUCACAUAACUGAAUCCCAUCAACUCUCUUCUUAAGAUACCCAUAACCAGGACUUUGAUAUAGUUGAGCUCGUUUAUAACGAUAUUGAUGGGAACGCGAAAUCCGAUGGUUAUACCGGAGUUACGUUAUAUACGAGCUUUCGCGAUAUCGCAGGUCGGGAUCACGUCAACAAAGUAGAACCGUACAAGUAGAACGCCGCAGAACAUGCAAGAAAGCAUUUUAUCUAGCUCUAAAUUCAUGCAGCUUUGUGCCGAAAGCUCUUCCAGGGACCACUUGAGGCUCCGCACCUUUUGAGAUCGACGACUUCAUCGACUUCUCGUCAUCCAGUGCCGUAGUCAACUGCCAACUCCCGUUUUGGAAGGCACGGUACUUCGCAACGAGGUUUUGCACUGGUACAAAGUCCGUCGAGCACGUGCAACUUCAACUCAGUCGAGCCAAUCGCCUUCGCCUUUCCUAAUCAAAACGCAUCCCGGAACCGUAGACGUCAUCGUAGCACGCAGCAAACCAGAAGAAAACUUGAGGGCGAGAGAACGAUGUGGAAAGGGAGCAACCUCCUCUACUUCUCGCGAGCCCUUUCUAGGUUGCUCGCCUUGCAACGCGCGCACCUAAUCCCCGUCAGUUCUGCGCGGGUAAACUCGCCGCGUUCUCACUUUAAUGCUCACGGAGGCUAAGGCUCUUGAAAAUGCCACCUUUGUUUUAAGUGAACAGAAAUGAAAUCUUGCUUCUCGAUUUUCACGCGUUUUAUCGGUCACCGGGAGAAUUCUGAUCGCUAUAUGCGAGCAACGCUUUCACGACGAUCGUUAUAUCGAUGUCUUGUUUACGUGUUUUUCAAUUGGUGAACUGACUGGAGCCAGCAUCGUAAUAUCGGAGUUAUCUUUAUAUCGACGAUCGUAAUAAACGGGGUCGACUAACGAUUGUCGUGAAAGCUCUUAGUCGCAUAUAGCGAUUACAAUUUGAACUGUUGUUUCAACAAACGUGCAUGCUCAGUUACAUUCUGCAUGCACUGUGGCACCUCCAUUACGUAAUUUCGACUGGCGAUUUUACGAACUCUGAUAUAACGACCGGAUCUCGCAUUCCUAUCAAUAUCGUUAUAAACGGAUUCGUAGCAGAUUUGAACUGCUGCAGCCUUAGUUAGGAAACCACGUGGUGGUGGUGAUGGCGAUAGGGCUUGCCGUGGAAACCACGUUCCACACAUGAUAACAUAUUCUAGACCAAUCACAAUCCAGAAUUAAUCACGAGGUUAUGGGCAUCGAGAUUAUGGGCGAUGUUGUGUAAAACGUGUGCUGUUGAUGCAUUCCUAGGCCACAGCUCUGAUGCGAAAUGCACCUUACCUGAUCAGUGGUAAGCAAGAAAAAGAUAUUACUGAAGGUACUGUUGUGAAAUAGUGAAGAACUACAAGGCCAACCUGUCAGCAAGCUCUACGGUUGGUUGCACCAGAUAACCAAAACAAAAAAUCGAAUCAUACAACUUGCUCUGACUCAUGUGGAGUUGUGAUUCUCUCACAUUGUAUGCCACCUUUCAUGACUGCAGUUAUGUAAUGUUGAAAUAUGUUAUGUCAUGCUACUUCUAAGCCACAUUCACCUAAUCUUUCGACAUCCCACAUUGAAUCUGAUGUUUUCUAAUCCAAAGCUUCAGCUGUGAAUAUUUGUACAUAGCAAGAAAAUGUGAACAAAAUAGGUUCAUUAAUAAUAUGGAAGCUUUAUUAAGUUUUUAAGUUUUUGUGAUACCUGUAUUGUUUUUCUUGUAAGGACAGUAUGGCUUUUUUUUAAAAAAAAAAAAGCUUUCAGACACAUACUUGAACCUGCUGGCUUUUCGAGUGCAACCAGGCUGCUUCCAACACCCUUAAGAUACCCAUGGAUUGUUACAAUCUAUACUGCUAUGGUAUGCUGUGUGUGUGUACAGAAAAAUAAUCAAAUUUGAAUGGCAGUGCAGACAUCUUUAGUGGCGGUCUCGAGUAAUGGGAAAAGAAAUAGUAAUGUCUCAAUAUUUUUUUAACUGUACCCACACCAUAAGAUUGGCAAGCAAAGGCAGAAACCUCACACAGAGGUCACAUCGUAAUUGCACUGACAUAGUCACUGUCAGUUAUGGGUGCCAGGUGUGACUGUAACAUGAUUGCGUUUAAAAUAAUCAACCACAAAUUCAAAUACUACUUUCAUAAUUAUUGUACUUGUGACUGUUUCGAGACUGUCACCACCUACUUUUUUUGUUUUUUUUUCUUUGACACAGCUUCAAACUGGAUGGAGCUUUGCUUUGUGAUACGCAACGACUGAAUUCUAGUUUUUUACUGCACGCAUCUGCUUCUUUUUGUUUUGUAGUCUGUUUCCUUGUGUGUGCUAAGACAUGGUGAAUGGGCACACAUAGGAUAUUUUUUAAAGAAAUUGUUGUAGCUAAGAUUUGCUUCCAGCUCUUGGCAUGUAAAACUGUAUGAUAGUUACAACAUGUAUAGGCAUAAGUUAUUAGAGGAUGAAUCAGAAUACAUGUGUUGUAUAUUACGGUAUGGCGUGUCUCUAAAAAAAAUGGGUAUAUAAGCUUGCAGACGAUGAAAAAAAAAAGACUAUGUUAGCAGACAUAGCGUUGUUUCGUCAAGUGUGUGGAUGUUAUCUUUUCUGCUUCCCCCCCCCCCCCGGACGCUUUGAGGCAGGACUGAAGAACAAGAAGUGUUAUUAUCUCUUAUUCUAAAUACUGCCUACAAAAAAAAAAAAGAUGAAAAGAAGCUCCAGUAUGCGAACUAUAAAUCUGACUAUCAUCCGACUAUUAUAUCUUGCUGGCUGACAGUAUUCUGAAAUUUUCUGAAGACACCAUCGUCUAGCUGCGGUAUACAAGAAGAUCGUUGAUGUGAAAUUACAAGAAAAUAAAAUAGGGUGAUAAUGUACAGUGUGAUAGUGGUAAGAUAUUCCUGAACUGGAAUGGUGAAGAGCAGCAGACAUGGCCUGUCAACAAUCUUUCCCUUCUAAACCAUCACCUUUUUCAUGUGCAUACCUUACUUUCAUCUUGUCUCAGUGGUCGAGUGCGAAUGGAGAUGCGAUAACUAUAGGUUUUCCAAGGAAGAGUGUACAAUAAAUUAAGAUAUUUACAAAUAAAUUCUUGCU